CUAUAUAAUUAUAGAAGUCGAGUCAAAAAUACGAUCGGUUUCGCUAUAAAAGCAACUCGUCGAGCCGCUGACGCGAACAGUUUCGUUUGACGAUUCGCAACUAGAAGAAAGAAGCAACAUGAAGUGGCUGUCGUUGGCUUUUGUGCUGUCUCUGUUGGCUCUGGCAAGCGCUAAUCCGCUGCAUCCAGGCAACGUGAUCAUCAAUGGCGAUUGCAAAGUUUGCAACAUUCGAGGCGAUUAAGAAAAUAUAUAAGAAAUAAACAAAAAAAAAAAUAAAUAUAAAAUA